UUUUCAUAAUUAUAUUUUUUUUUUGAAAGGAAAGAAAGUCGAUAAUGUCAACGUUCUUCAAUUAUAUAAUAAUUUGUCCUAUCUGUCGAUAACAAGCUCAUUUGCUGUCUGCUGUCAUUAGACUGAAACUUUUUUUAUACGUCUGAUCUGUUUUUUUCAAUGUCUAAUUUCAUAUUUAUUUCGUUUUAAGUGAAGAAAGUAGUGUAACGCGCUCACAAGGGACAAAUCUAUAAUUGCGAUCGCGUAUAUUAGUUCUCUGUAUUGCAGAUGGCAGUAAAAUGCGGGAAACAGUUGGCCACGGUGGUUGACAGCGUUUGACAGCUCCUGAUUCUCGCGACGUCGCUCGUUCGUCGGGACUGGAUCGUCGCAUUGCCGUCCCCAUACAUUGUGCGUUCGUUUUUAUCGCCGGUAUUAUGCGCGAUCGUUAAUUCCGGUACGGCGCGACAGGAAAUAUGAUAAUCACCCGUAUGGUCUAGGCCGUUUGAUAAUAACAUGCUGCUAAUAUAUGAUAAGUCGCGUAAGUCUGCAGGCCACUUUAAAGUAAGACUCGCCGGGCGAACAAUUGUCGACGGAUCGCGAGGGGUUUACGACAGCGCAGAUGACACAUGUGUCAUCGUAAAGUAACCUAAACGAUAUUUUUCCGCUUGAUCUCCACGAGCGUCCCGUCUUCUGUUUUCACAACGGUGUGCGACGAGAAUCAGCUAACAUGAUUGGAGUAUAUCGCCUGGGAUUAUACUUAUUACUAUUCGAAAGCUGCAUCGGCGAUUAUGCCAGGUGGAACGUGCAACUGCUGUGCCCGGAUCUGUAUCCGCGAGUGUUCACAAGUUACCUGCCCCGUGGAAAUUUGACUGGCGGAACUUACAUGCAGAUUCACUUGUCCACCAUGCAGGACUGCGUUAUGGCCUGCUGCAAGAAAUCCAUGUGUAACGUAGCGUUUAUGCACAACGGUACGUGCUAUCAUGUGGAAUGCGAUAGCUCCAUAGUGUGCGUGCCGCUGUAUAGACCCGAAUUGGCGAACGACAAUCCACCGAGCAUGGUGUUGGUCAGACCCGUGGAGAGUAACAAAGUGUGGAGCGAUGUGUUGGAUCAAGUCAAUGACGACAAUGCCGUAAUAUUGAAUACAGACGGCACAGAGCAAGAUCAAAUAUUGUUUAACGAAGCAAGCAGAAUCAACUGUAUAGAUCAAUCGGGUUGCCUGGAUAAUGAAAUUUGUGUAAAACACGGGGAUACUGAUGUUGGAACUUGUCAGUGUCCUCUAGGCUUCAAGCGGAAUAUGGCUGGCACUUGUAUAAUAAUGGACGAAAUAGACGCUGUUGACCUCGGCGUAACGCAACAAGCGAGAAUUCCAACUGUGAAAGAGACUGGCACGUCGAUCAAGCCGACGAUGAAACAGCUGUUGGUCUCGGCAGUUUCCAAGGAAGUGAGAUUACCGGAGAACGAAGCCACGCUGUCCGCGUAUACUGUGCCCGCUGAACGGGGCAAUCAACAUUAUAAUUACGCCUGGAGUCUGCUUAGUCAACCGGAGGGGCACACCGGAACAAUGACGGAUCAGAAUCGCGUUACUGUAAAAUUGAGCAACUUGUCGGAAGGCUUGUACACGUUUAAGGUAGCUGUAAGCAGUCCGAACGCUUAUGGAGAAGCCUAUGCCAAUGUUAGCGUUUUACCUCCGAAACGUAUCAACCAAGCACCAAUUGCCAUAAUCACUCCUGCCUCGCAAAUUGUGAAGCUACCGAACACAGGCGCGGUCCUGGACGGCUCGAGUAGUAAAGAUGACGAUCGUGUCAUCUCUUAUCACUGGGAGCUGCAACAAGGCCCGAUUGGAUAUCAGCCCAACCUUGUGGACACACCCACGCUUCAAUUAGAUAAUCUUAUUGCCGGCAAUUACACAUUCAAAUUGACAGUUGAAGAUUCAAAUCACGUUACAAAUUCGACAAGUGCCAAUAUAACUGUGUUGAAAGUGAUCGACUAUCCCCCGAGUGCAAACGCCGGACAAGACGUUAUCAUUUAUCUACCUCAAAAUACGUUGACGCUGAACGGUAACUUGAGCACCGACGAUCGAGGAAUAGCCAGUUGGGAGUGGACCAAGAGUCCGUCCGAUCAGAACAAAGCGGUGGAUAUGCAGAACACAAGAACACCUUACUUACAAUUGUCAAACUUGGAGGAGGGGAUGUAUACAUUUGUACUUAAAGUGACGGACGACUCCGAGCAAUCUUCCACGGCGGAGGUGCAUGUCUUUGUGAAACCUCCGACGAAUAAGCCGCCAAAGGCCGAUGCUGGUGACGAUAUAAGCAUAGCACUACCGACAACCCGCGCUGUUCUGAAUGGCACAAGAAGUAAGGAUGACAUAAAGAUUGUCUUGUAUCAUUGGGAGCAAGUAAGCGGGCCUAAUAACGCUGAAUUUGCCACGGUUAACGAAUCCGUUACAAACAUCACGAAACUAACCAAGGGUGAUUAUGUAUUUAAAUUGACCGUCGUUGAUGACAAUGGGAACGCGAAUUCGGAUACGAUCAGCGUGAAGGUAACGCAGAAUAAAAAUGCGCCUCCGAAAGCGAACGCUGGUGGCGAUCAAGUUGUGACGGCGCCGAUCAGCGCGCUAAUCAUUAAUGGCUCGCAGUCGAGCGACGACUUAAGGAUAGGGCAGUGGCUGUGGACCAGAGAUCAGUCUAGUCUUGCGAUUGGUACUAUAGUUCAAGAUACCGAUAAAUCACCGGUUUUAAUGCUAACAGAUAUAGUUCCUGGCCGUUAUGUCUUUCGAUUGAAAGUAACGGACGAUCAAGGUUUGAACAGUGAAGACACCGUAUCAGUAAUCGUGAAACCCGAUCCGCAAAUAUUUCAUUUGGUAGAACUAACGCUAAACAUUGGAGCUAGUAUGUUGACGGUUUCGCAGAAAGAUUCGUUGGUAGUGAAACUGCAGAUGUUAUUGCGAGACGAAGCUUCGAUCAUCGUGCGUAGCUUAAGAGCGGAACCGCACACCGGAAAGGCCGUCCUGGUGUUUUACGUGGAAAAGAAGGCGGGGAAAACAAUGUUGCCGGGUCCAGAAGUAGUCAAAAGACUCAAAGAGAAGCUACUGCAAGAUUCCGGUCUCUUGCAACUGUCGGUUGCUAAUAUAGAUACCGCUGUAUGCCAAAAUAAUUGUUCAGGUCAUGGUGUAUGCGAUCAAGAGACAAGGCAAUGCUUGUGCGAAGCAUUUUGGAUGCAGAACUUAAUACAAAAGUAUUUUGGUAAUGGAGACUCUAAUUGCGAUUGGAGUAUCCUGUAUGUGAUAAUAGCGUUGCUAUCAUUAGUCGUAUGCUGGGUUGGAUUUAUUUGGGGUCUUGUUUGCUUGUGCCAAAGGAUAUGCGCUGGUAGAAGACGUUUGCUUCGGCCUAAGAAGAAACCACCGCGUUAUUCUUUGCUACACCCAGAGCCGGAAGAUGACAGUAGUGCUUUUUCAACUCACAACAAGAUGGUAUUAUCAGACUCCGACACCGAUUCUGACGACGUUUUAUUCGAGCAUCGCAAGAGUAAAAGCGGUAGUCAUAUAAGAAACGGUAAAUCUCGGAACGGAUUUAUCAAAGUCGGUUCUCGAAUAAAGACAUGAGGUAAUAAGCACAAUACCAUAUUAAGAUGUAAUAAAAAAAAAUCAAGAUAUUUCCCAUCUAACUUUAUAUAAUUUUAUUAAACUUCAGAAAUACAACGAUAAUGGUGCAAAGAAUAAAUAGCGCACACAGUUGUGUAAGUUUGGCCAAAUUUGAAAUACUAGUCAUGAAGGUGUGAAUUGACUUGUGUACCUUAUAAGAAUGAUCGCCUCCAGAAUCGAUAUUGAUAACAAGAAGGUAGAUGGACUUUUAAGUAUUGUUUAUAGAUAUGCGAUAUAAAUAAUAACGUCACACUUCUACGUCAUGUUACUUAAUUCGUCUUAAGUAUCAUAUCAAUUUUAUUCCUGUACUUAUGUGAUUCUAACUGCGCCAAUGAUCGCUGACGCGACGAAAUCAGCAGCGUCGCGUAGCGACCGUCAACCUAUUUGAGAGCUUGUCUAAAUAUUAUUAUUAUGGCCUUAGAAUGUAUUUUAAUUAAAAUCGAUAUGUAGUAAGCACUGUAUCAAGUCUGUAUGUCGUUUAUAUGUACUGCUUACUCUUUAAUAUAUACAUUACCGAUCUUAUUUUUACACUACAUGGAUACUAAAUAAAAUUUAUUAUCCAUA